AAUUUUUCAUGGAAGUUUGAAUGAACUCUCUCAAGCAAAAGUAACUCUGUCAUUGGCUAGUAGAGUAUGUAAGUCUUAACUUGACAGAGGGAAGAUUCAACUAGAAAAUUAUAUUUCCUCUUCACCCAGUAGAGUUAAAAUUUUUUUUAGUCUAUGCUUGAAGAAGGUGGAAAUCGAGGGAAGGAGGACAUAUAAAAAUAACUUUCAUUUUUGAUCUAGAUCUUACUCCAUUAUGCAAAUAAUUCAAUAGUAGCAAUUAGUUGAAUAAUGGACCAAGAAGAUGAUUUUCCAUUAGAAGGGCAAUUUUACAAAUUCAAGAACCAAAAAGAUAGAAUCUUGGAACUAAUUUGGAAGCCAUAUUACUGGUUCAGAAUGCUAUGUUAUGAAUUACACUGGAGUUUUGUGUCUGGUGUGGUUAUUAUUUAUGGUAUUAAUCAAGGAAUGAGUUUAGGUUUAAGCAAGAUUAGUACUCAGUAUUAUAUGAAGGAUGAGCAAAGGUUACAGCCUUCUGAAGCUCAAAUUUAUGCUGGAGUAAUUCAAAUCCCUUGGAUGGUGAAACCCCUCUGGGGACUUUUAACAGAUACUCUUCCAAUUAUAGGGUAUAGGAGAAGGCCAUACUUCAUUCUGGCUGGUCUGCUUGGUGCUUUUGCCAUGCUGAGUCUGUCACUCAACCACAAAUUACAACUUGCAUCUGCUUUGUUGUGCUUAACGGGAGCCAGUGCAGCACAAGCAGUUGCAGAUGUUACUAUUGAUGCCUGUGUGACCGAGAACAGCAUAAGCCACCCUUCUCUUGCUAGUGACAUGCAAAGCUUGUGUGGAGUGAGCUCUUCUGUGGGGCAACUGAUUGGCUACACUAUCAGUGGCUUUUUGGUUCAUCUAAUUGGAUCUAAGGGGGUGUUUGGAGUUUUAAGCAUUCCAGCUGCGCUCGUCAUUUUGGUAGGAAUGAUGCUGCAUGAACCCUUUAUACACAAUGUUGCAUACAGGCAGGUAGGUCAAAAGUUCUUGGAUGCUUGUAAGGCUAUGUGGAUGGCACUAAAAUGUAAGAAUGUGUGGAGGCCAUGUCUAUACAUGUACGUUUCUCUUGCAGUGAGUUUGCAUAUUCACGAGGGAAUGUUUUACUGGUAUACAGAUGCAAAGGAUGGUCCGUUGUUCUCAAAGGAGAUUGUAGGGACCAUAUCCUCUGUCGGUGCAGUAGGCAAUCUUCUUGGAGUUCUCCUUUACCAGAAUGCUUUUACAAACCAUCCUUUUCGUUUCGUACUUUUUUGGUCUCAGCUAUUAUAUGGUGCUUCAGGACUGUUAGAUUUGAUAUUGGUAUCACGAGUAAAAUUGCAGUUUGGCAUCCCUGAUUAUGUUGUUGCUGUAUGUGAUGCAGCAAUUUCUCAUAUGAUUGGGCGACUCAGAUGGAUGCCUCUUCUUGUACUCAGUUCAAAGCUUUGCCCUUCUGGCAUUGAAGGAACUUUCUUCGCUUUGUUAAUGUCAAUUGAUCAUGUUGGCAGUCUCACUGCAACCUGGGCUGGAGGCCUGUUACUUCACACCUUGAAUGUCACAAGAACUCAAUUUGACAACCUUUGGAUGGCAAUAGUGAUUCGGAGCUUUUCAAGAAUCCUUCCAAUUGGCAUUCUGUUUUUGGUGCCAAACAGUGAUCCCAGUGCUUCUAUUCUACCAGCUGAGAUGUUGAAGACAAAAAAGUGCGACGAUGACUUGGACACUCAAAAACUGGAGAGGGCUCCGCUAGUGACCUUUGUCGAUCAGCAUUUAGGGGAUUCAUGAGUGCAAUGACAGGGAAAAUAUACUCCCAUCAUUCUGGUGUCACAAUGUGUUUCUCUGCUGCUAUUUUUGUAGCAGCAUGACAGAGAUUGUAGCAGACCAAGCAAAGUUAUAUUUAUCUGGUAUGGCUUUAGCUUAGUUUGAUGUUUCAAAUGACCUUGUAAUAAAUUGUUUUUGAAGUGCUUGUAAUAUCAUGUUUUAGGCUGGCUGCCAGCCUGCCGUAACCCUCUUCCUUUAUUGGGGUUUGGGACCGGCAACUUGAGUGAGAUUAAAUGAGGUGGGUAUUCAUAUAGCCAAUCCUAACCUGUUUGGGACUGAGACGUAAUUAUUGUUGCUUGUAAUAUCAAGUAAUCCAGCUCAAGAACUGAUAUGUGCUAAUAUGAGGUUGAUGUGGCCUUGUUAUAAUUUCGAGGAGAAAAAGGAAUCAUUUUUUGACUGGUGGGCUUAAGAUUAACCCACUUUAAA